AUGAGGAUAUUGUUAAUAUACAUGCUUGGAUUGUCUGGUAUAGCAUGUGCCUCAAGUAUAAAAGAGAUAGUGAAAGAGUCAAGAGAAAAACUUGAGAAAGGUUUAGGUUAUAAGCUGUCCAGUUCCGAGAUUAGGAUGUUAAGAAGAUUGUUUGAGAAAAAUGCUGGAUUGGAGACGAGGGUGGUGAUUCCGGUUAUUCUCCAUCAGAGUAAAGUCGUUGUAUCACCAGGUACGAGAUACCGAGAUAUUGAGGAGGGGGAGAGAAAAUAUGUUGAGAAAGUCAUCAAGUUGCUUCCAGAAGUGGCAUGGCGUUCAAUAACACACAUAUAUGCCCUUGCAAAUAACGAUUGGGCUGUGGAUUUGAUGUAUGAUGUUUUUGACAAGGCUUCUUCAUGGAGGUCUGAUACUGUUGCUCUGUACAAGGGGACUGAAAAGAAAUAUGGAAUGAAGUUUACAGACUUGGUGAAUGGAAUUUUCGAGCAGAAUAAUUGUAUACUCAAAGAGUUUGGGCGGUUGCUUGCUGAUCGAGUGGAAAUUCUGAUUCAGGAGUUACCAGGUUCUUUGGAUGAUGUGGAAAAGAAGAGAGAAGAAGAGGUCCUUCGGAAGAUUAAGGAGUAUGGAAGAAGGUUGUGCACCAAGGAGAAACAGGAUGAAAUAAUUAAAGCACAGAGAAUAAUGUGCAAUGUAUGUGAAUACAUCUGGAAAAGAGAGGAAGAUAGGAAAAGCUUUAUUAUGGAAGUGUAUUCGACAUAUCUGAAGUUGAGAGAGAUGGAAUCAAACGUAGACGAGAUAGAGGAACCACUAAUUUAUUUUGUGGAUCAUAGAGGGCUGAUAAAUGCGUGUGAUAAAUACAAAAGUAUGGAUAUUAUGGCAGAACUAAUCCUUCAAUUAUUUUUGCAAGGUAAGAAUAUUGAUGAUAAAAGUAUCAAGAGUGCAGUGCGUUCUGUUAGAGAGAGAAAAAGGUUGGAAGAAAUGAGAGAGAUGGAAGAAAGAAAGAGAAGGGAGGAGGAAAGAGCCAAGAAUGAGGAGGAGCUGUUGAGGAUGGUGGAGAGGGAGAAGAGGGAGGAGAGUAAAGGGAGAGGCAAGAAGAAGGGAGGCAAGAGGGGUGCAGGAGAGGCUAAGGAGGAGAGUAAGGAAGAGGACAGAAAAGAAGAAGAAGGUGUAGAGGUAGAAGAGGAGGAGAGUGCGGAGGUUCCGUUGGUAGAGACGGUGGUUGGAGGGGCUCGGCGCAAGAAGAAGGGAUCGAGAGAAAAGAAGAUGGGUGAAGAACACCAUUAUAAGGUGCACAGCCGGGUUCUCCGGUGGAAGAAGGAUGCUGAGAAGAUCAAGCGUGAACUGGACAAAGGAAGCGAGGAGAGGUGGAAAGGCAAGAGUGUGGAAGAGAUUAAGGAGCAGAAGAAGGUGCAUGACAUAGUGGAAGUUUCAGAGCUCCUCAGGGAUAAGGAGAAGUGUGACAGGUUUUUUGUCCGGACAGGCAAGUACAUGAAGGGCGGGAGUGAGAGAUGGAAGAUGGUAGCAAACGGGAUACUUGAGGAGGGAGGGGAGAAGAAGGUGGGAAAGGUCGAGGUUGGGCUUUUCAAGGGCGGGAGAGGAGAGAGUGUGGUCUACCACCUGAUGUUCAGGCCCACGGAGACUGAGAGGACAGGAAUGGUCGGAGGCUCGUCGUUUGGGGAGGGAGACGAUGUGGAUGAGAUAAAGAAGGAGAAGUCUUCUGACAUGUCUGGGUUUCGGUAUCCUUCUGGUGUCCGGUGUGAAAUGACGAGUAAUGGGAAUGAGUUCAGGAUAGAGUAUCGGAAUCGCAAGAACACCAGCGAGGUUCUCCGGACUCUCACCAUUCUUCGGAUUCCUGAGAUUCUGUGA